AUGGAGUAUUUACUAAUCCCAAGAAAGUUAGAGAGAUUAACUACGAAGGAAAGUACUAUACUGUUCCUGGUCCAUCAAAUUACAGAACCAACUCCUCAAAGGUUGCCAGUUAUUUUACAAGCUGGUGCUUCUACAAAAGGUUUGGAGUAUGCUGCUAAACAUGCUGAAGCAGUAUUUAUUAAUGGUAUGACUCCUGAAGGAUUGAAAUCUAAAAUUGACAAAUUAAAGAAAUUGGUUGUUAAAAAUGGAAGAAAUCCAGACGAUGUUAAAGUAGUCCAAUUAGUCACGGUAAUUACUGCACCAACUCACGAUGAAGCCAUUGCCAAGUAUAAAGAAUAUAAGCAAUAUACUGACAAGGAAGGUGCGCAAGCGUUGUUUUCUGGAUGGACUGGAGUUGAUUUAGGUAAAUUUGAUUAUGAUGAGGAAUUAGAUAAAGUUGAAAGUAACGCAGUAAGAAGCUUUGUUGAAAUGUGGACCAAACCAAUGCCAGGUGAUCCACCAAAUUUAAAGAAAACCAGAGCUUCAAUUGUUGAUCAACUUGAAAUUGGGGGUCUGGGUAUUUUGAUUAUUGGAGAUCCGAAUGAAGUAGCUGAUGAAUUAAUUCGUUGGCAUGAAAUUUCUGGUGUUGAUGGAUUUAAUUUUACAUAUGCUGUUAGUCCAGGUAGUUUUGAAGAUUUAGUAGAUUAUGUUAUACCAGUACUCCAAGAAAGAGGAUAUGCACAAAAGGAAUAUCCACGAGAAGGAAUUUCAUUUAGAGAAAACCUUUAUGGUGUGGGUAAUACAUUUUUGAAACCAGAUCAUCCUGCUUAUGGAUUAAGAUGGAAAGCGGGUGAAACCAAAGAAGAGUUUGAAGAGAGAUUACCAAAAGUAUUGGAAGAAAAUUUUUAA